AGGGCUGGCAGGUGCUGGCAAAGCCUAGAAUUGGGAGGGAAGGUGGAGGAUGGCACAGUUUCUCAGCAUAGGAAAUACUUCCCGACAAGAGGAACUGUUGUAGGUCAAACCACGCAGGAGGAAGGGGAAACGGACGGCUCCCCCAAAGUCCGCUCCCCUUUUUCGGUGGGCCAGGCGUCCGGGACCCUGCAGUGAUCCGGCGCGGGGAGUUGGCGACCCCCUCCUGCCUCCUGGCAGGAGGCUAAUCUGCGCCGGUAGGGGGCGUGACCGUGGGAAAUUUAACUUUGGCGCGGCCGCAGGGCGACGCUGGAUCCUUGCCCUUCAUCGCUGGAUCCUGCGCGGUGAUCUUCUCUUGCAACCUUUGGACUGAGCCUUUUGGCUUUGCGUCGGAUCCAGCAGCCCGGAGUUCCCUGCCUGCGCAGCCUCUCCCCUCCGUCUCCCGCUUGGAGCAUCCACGCGCGUCGAGUCCAGCCUACAAUCCAGGCAGGAGCGCGCAGCUGAAGUUCCCACGGUGGCUCAUUUUGGUUUUCCUUCAAGUUCAAAACUCUGUAGUGAGUAGACGAUGUGGAAAGUGCCUACCUGCAUACUGAAAUUAAUCAAGUUGACUUCAAACUACAAACUCUGGGCUGUGUGCAUCAUCGUCUUUAAGUUCAUGUCCUUCAUCUGUAUCAUGUUCUACUGGAGAAUCACCCAGGAUGCCCAAGACAAGAGACAGCACUACAGUUUGCCUACAGAGGUUAAGUGUCCUCCUCUUCCCACUCCUUCAUCCAGAUGGCCUCCUUCAUCACACAAAGACAUAUACUUUGUAGAAACAUCGGAACGAACGAAUCCAAACUUCCUGUUUAUGUGUUCUGUUGAAUCAGCAGCCAGGGUUCACCCUGAGUCCAGAAUCAUUGUUCUUAUGAAGGGUUUAGCAAGCUACAAUAAGACUUUGCCCAAACAUGUGGCCUUCUCCUUGCUUAGCUGUUUCCCCAACAUUGAAUUCAAACAUUUGGACUUGAUUAACCUUUUCUCUAACACCCCCCUCGCUGGCUGGUACUCAGUGGCUCAGCAGAGGUGGGAGCCUUAUUUCUUGCCCAUCCUUUCUGAUGCAUGCCGAAUCACCAUCAUGUGGAAGCUUGGUGGCAUCUAUUUAGACACAGACUUCAUAGUCCUCAAGAACUUAAAUAACCUCACCAAUGUGCUUGGUACGCAGUCCAAAUAUGUACUUAAUGGUGCCUUUCUCUCGUUUGAGCCCAAACACAAGUUUAUAGAGCUUUGCAUGCAGGACUUUGUGGUGGACUACAACCGCUGGAUCUGGGGGCACCAGGGUCCUCAGCUCUUGACACGCAUUUUUAAGAGGUGGUGCUCCAUCCAUAGCCUCCGAAGCAGCAAAAGCUGUAAGGGUGUUACUGCUGUCCCACAAGAUGCCUUUUAUCCCAUUCGCUGGCAGGAUUGGAAGAAGUACUUUGAAGCAAUUAAUGCUUCAGAACUUCCCAUACUGUUUAGAAACACCUAUGCAGUGCAUGUCUGGAAUAAGAAAAGUCAAGGGACACAUCUUGCGAUCACCUCUAAAACCUUGCUAGCUCAGCUGCAAUCCCACUAUUGUCCUUCCACAUACAGGCUCAUGAAGAUCUCAUUCUGAAGGGGCAGGGCCUAGCAGCAGCCUGCUGUUGAUACAAACGCAAAUCAGCCAAGCUGUUCAGCCCUGGCAGGUAAUCACCAUUGUCUAUCACCAUUUGACAAUGGUAGCCCCACGGAGCAGUAGAGUUGCUGGCUCAACAUUUCAAAGAGCAGCUGAAUGGCUGUGGGUUCCAGCAGGCUUGGGAGUUCAGAAAAGAAUACAGUGGUACCUCAGGUUAAGUACUUAAUUGGUUCCGGAAGUGCGUUCUUAACCUGAAGCGGACUUUCCCAUUGAAAGUAAU